AUGACCAUCCGCGGUUGGCCGCUUUUAAUAUUACUACCCUUCACACUCCAAUAUGGCACGUAUUUGGACGAGCAGUACCCCGAGUUGCGGCACUUCUUCUUCGACGACAUCCACUUUGAGGGGCGCAACGGGUCGUGGUUUCAGUAUUCGAAAUUUGUACAGUACCCCAAGGACGACCAAAUCUCUUGGGAAGAUUUGUGGCUGUUCGAGGAUACUUGUGGAUCUACCGGCAAAGGGCUACGUGAUCAGGAGGUGUAUGUAUAUCUACCCUGUAAUGGUAACGUUACGGAGAAUGGCACCGACACCACCGAACUGCUCGAUGAAAAUGGGUUAAUAUGGACCGAGUGCACCGAGGAGCGAGGGCUACACUUUUUCUAUGCUAAACUAGAACUCGCAGAACCAGAAUUUAUUACACCGUUUUCACUACCUACCUACAAUUUAACCAUUGACCUGAAAAGGUAUCCAGAUACCAAGCCGAUUUUGAAGUUGAAAUAUUGGACUGAAUCGUGCAACAAAACAUGCGGCGAUGUGGGGCGGAUCGCGAUGAAAAGCGUUCACUGCGACGCCGGAUAUAAUUUUGAAACUAAUAAUCUAACUUGCAAAUAUCACCCCUCCAAUGACACCUCCUGCAGCUGGCAAUUUUUGGAUAACACCCCAAAUCCACAAUUUGAAAUUGCCUCGGAAAAUGAUACUUUAAUCACCGGAGAAUAUGCUGCAAUUGCUCGACUUCCGCUCAAUGAGUCAACCCCAGCCGUCAUCGCAAGCCCGUACUAUGAUCAAAUCACAGCGAAUUGUAAAUUAAAAUUUGAUUACCAUUUGCGAGGUACCGCGGGUCAAAGUCAUAUUGUCGUCGUCGCCGAGCCACUUUUCCCAAACGAUGACGUUCCCCAACGAUGGGUGUACGGAACGUAUCAUUUGGACAAUCACUACGCCAGGUUACCACCAAUCCGUUUGGGAGCUUUUCCAAAACCGGCAAGGAUACGCAUUGAAUGCCACAAUCGAAACGAAGUCGAUGACUAUCGAGUCCCGAAAGACAUCUACCAACCAACCCUCUGUGGUAUCAUUGGCAUUACAUUGUUCGAUUGUCAUGAACAUCCCCAUUUUGAAGAGACGUGUAACGGGAAUUAUACAAGAUAUUUAUGUCGGGGCAAAGAGAUGCGGGUGUGCAUGGACAUGGCGUAUAUUUGUGAUGGGACCAAGGAUUGUCCACAGGGGGAUGACGAGGAAGGGUGUGAAUGGACGGUCCCAGGAAGUCGAUGCGACUUUGAAGACCAUCCCCUUUGCCCUGGGUGGCUGACUAAAAAUGCGAGGCCGACAGACGUUGGGCAGUUUCCAGCGAUCAUCAAAAGAGCUAAUAUUACGCAAGCAGCGGAUGACUGGCCACCCGCCCGAAUUCCAAUGCGUGAUCGGACCCACGGCGAGAAUGGCCACUUCCAAUGGGCGUAUUUUGGGGUGCAAAAAGAGCUUCGAAUCUCGAAAAUCGGCUACCUGCAACAUUUCUGGUCUCCAUUCUUCCCGACAAACAUCUAUAGCGGCGCCUCCGGGGAGCGAUGCUAUCUGCGUUUCUGGUAUUGUCUGAAUGGGCGGAUGGCGAUUGAUGAGACGUUGCAGGUUUUUAUAAAUAAUGGCAAUGAAACGGAAUCGAUCCACAAACGACGUUACCACGAUCUACAAAUCGCAUCUGCUCUGCCGGGUUAUAUGUGCGAGUGGACACGCGGUGCUGUCCAUAUUGGGGCCCAGCCAACGGCAUAUCGUAUCAAAAUGGAAUUUCCGACACAAGGCCUCUACACGAUGUUAAUGUUCGAUGACCUCAGCUUGUCGCCGACAUGUUUUAACAACGUACUC